AGGUGUGAAAACCUUCCGAUCAUCUAUAGGGUUCACAAAGAUUCUUACAUAAAUCAAGUUCUCUUUCAAGAUUGGUUUUAUAAUCAUUUUGUUCCAGAAGUCAAGAAAAACUUCAUAAAAACGGGUCGUCCAGCAGACAGUACGGCACUGUUGUUGCUCGACAAAAGUAACGCUCACCCUAGGCUGCAAGAUUUACGCAGCGGUAAUAUCUUUGCAGAGUUCUUGCCUGACAGUAAAACUGGUUUAAUACAACCGAUGGAACAAGGAGUCGUUCAGGACGUCAAAGCUCGUUACAGGAAAACUUUUAUACGGAGGUUAAUCGCACACAACGGAAGUAUGGAAGAAUUUAACAAAAGUUUCACCAUUAACGAAGCAAUUUCUGACAUUACAAAAGCUUGGGAACUUGUUACAAAUUCAAGUUUGAAAAAAAGUUGGAGAAAACUCUGGCCCGACAUUUCUUUUAUUGAUUCUGACGACGAGGAAUUUGAAGGUUUUAAACCAAAGAGAAUAAGUAAGAGGAACUCUCUGAAACAAGAAAUAUUAGAUGACGUUAAAGUUAUCGAGGCUCCAGAAGUGAAGAAAAUGUUUGAGUCGGAGAACCUGGAAGAGUCCAUUGAUAAGUGGCUAGACUGUGACGAUGCUGCCCCAACAACAGAUCGUCUAACUGAUGAUGACCUGAUUAGCAUCAUUGAGAAUGCUAAGAAGAGCAUUGAGAGCGAUCCCGAUGAUUCUGACGGUCACGAGGAAAUUCCUCCACCGACCCUGAAGGAGAGUUUGAAGAGUGUGAAAGACCUGAUACGUUUCAUGGAGUCCAAAAACAAUUUUUCCCCGGAACAAGUCAUUAGUCAGUACCAGAUACAGAAGACACUUUUGUCAAUUAAGAUAAAAGCACUCAAAAAACAGUCCUUAAUUAAAAAAAAGCAAAGCUUGAAAAAGCGUAAUAAAAAGCAAACCUUAAAAAAGCCCAUUAAAAAACAUUCAAAACGAGCACGACGCCCUCUGUCCCGUCCAGCACGAAGCGCUGCUAGUUCUACCACAUCACUUUCUGUGAAAGACGAUGUUCAUGAAGAUUCCAAAAACCACAAUAAGGGCAACUUGAUUGAUGGGAAAGAUGGUGUGCCAUGCUCUGUCUCGGCGAGGAAGAACUCUGCCAAGUUCGGCAACUUUAAGACACCAGGUGUAAGCAACACUCGUCUCAAAUCAGCAGAUGAGAAUGACACUCGUGUCAGACCAGAGGAUGAGAAUGACUCGAAUGUCAGACCAGUGGAUGAGAAUGACUCGAAUGUCAGACCAGUGGAUGAGAAUGUCUCUCAUGUCAGACCAGUGGACGGGAAUGACUCUCGUGUCAGACCAGCAGAUGGGACUGACACUCAUCUCAAACCGGCAAACAAAAUUCACAGCCGUUUGAAACGGAAGAUUGACAUCCAAAAAUCAUCCACCAAGAAACUGCGAGUGAGGCCGUCGCCAGGAGGUGACAAAAGAGACGACUCGGGGACGCAUGUCAUCGACGCCUCAACUGAAGAGAACAACGGUGUGUUGCGCUCUGCUCGGUUGAGGAAGAAGUCGACAAAAUUUGCUGACUUUCUCUCGCCGGAUGAAAUUGAUACACUCCUCAACCAGAAAAAUGAAAAGGCAGAAAUUCUGCAGAAAAAUGUCACACCAGAAGUUCCACGGAAAGCUGACAAAUCAAAAAUCUAUCAGAAGGCCAACAGUCCAAAAAUCUAUCAGAAAGACAGCAGUCCAAAUAUCUCACAGAAAAUCUACACACCAGCAAGAUACCAAAAAGUCAAUAAGUCACAAACCUUGCAGAAACCAAGACCCAGGCAGUCUAGGAGAGACGACGUCUGUGAUGACUCGAUGAGCAACAUACACGAUGACUUGAUUGAAGUGAAAGAUGAGCCACUCGAAGAAGAUUGGAUUGACAAUGAUGAUGGCUAUUACGACACCUGCAUUGAUGCCACAACGCAGACCAUACAACACAUCUAUUACACACUUAAUGCAAAUUUCCCACCACCAGUGUAAAUGCAUGAUGGCCCCUCUUAUACAGCACCUCAUUUUAGUGUUCCACAUUUCCAUUGGCUUCAAAUCAAGCCAUCAUUCAUUAUACAUAAAUAAUCUGUGCAUAGAAGAGAGGAGCUUACAGCGAUGUUUCGGUCUGACUUGGACCAUUUACAAAAUCACACUGGUCCAAGUCGGACUGAAACGUCAUCGUAAGCUCCUCUCUUCUAUGUGCGGGUUAAUUGUGUAUCGUUCCAGUCACGGUAUUGUGCCUUUUUUUGUUAUUCAUUGUUCAUUUUGUUCCAUCCACAUGUGAUAGUCACUGGUGGAUGGUACAAUGGCUUAGUUGAAAGCCAACAAAACUGUGGAACCGAAAAUAGGUGCUGUAUAUGGGGGGGCCCUCAUACACCAGGAGUAUACCUGGAGGAGGUUUCGGGGUUCAACACCCCUACGGCUCAGUCUGUGACCAGGUCUAGUGGUGGAUCAGGGCCUGAUCAACCAAGCUGUUGCUGCUGGUGAGGUGGUGCAAGUUUAGUGUAUUAUAUGAUUGUGAAUAUACACUUCUGGGUUUUAUAUUGAUGUGUGUUUGUAAAGACCAUAUAUACCUACAUAUAUUCACAUAUAUACUUGUACUUCUGAUUUUUAAUAAAAUAUCACUUUUAA